ACAUAUCUUUUAUCGCCACAACGCGGAGUAUAUUCACCUGUAAAGGUCCAAAAGAACCGAGUCACAUGGGUACACACAUGUAAGCAUGAUAGCGCUCUUUGUAACGCUCCCCGCCAUCCGAGAGAUAAGUCGUCUCUGGGGCCUCUGGGUCUUUGGAUUCCGAUUCCCGAUGGGCCAGGCCAGGCGGAGCAGACCAUGGCAGUCAGUUGACGGGCUCUCUCCACGGCGCACGCAUGAUCGCCGGAGCGGAUUUACGGAGCAGCAGCUGAUCGAUCGUGCGCUUUCAUUUUCACACGGACUUUCAGUCUUUGUUCGCGAAUUGCCAUUAUCUCGAGUGGAGUGUGUGCCCAGUCAAGCGCACGAUUAUUGAAACACAAUUGAUUAUUGUGAUCUGACAAAGCUGUGCAGGAUCUCCUUAUCGAUCCCGGAUUAGUGCCAACAUGCAAACCCAAAUGCAUUCGCCCAUGCAAUAUGAGACUCACAUCUCCAACAUGCCCACCCACAACAGCUACUCCAGCCGCCCAGAAGAGGCUGAGAUGAGCAGCACUACGGAAAGUUGUUCCAUCUCAUGCGGUGGUCGGUUCGGAUCGGCGCACUCGACCUUAGAUGAUCACGAUGCUACGGAUGACGACAUGACCUUCUGCAUGUCCAACUACGCCAAGGAGGCCCUGAAGAUGAUGUACAUGAUGCGUUCGCACGGCAUGCUCACGGACGUGGUGCUGGAGGUGAAGAAGGAGCUCUUUCCCGCCCACAAAGUGGUGCUGUCCGCAGCAUCGCCCUACUUCAAGGCCAUGUUCACAGGCGGACUCAAGGAGUCGGAGAUGUCGCGCGUCCAGCUCCAAGGGGUGUGUCCCACGGCCAUGUCCCGCAUCCUCUACUUCAUGUACACCGGCCAAAUACGCGUGACUGAGGUAACGGUGUGCCAACUCCUGCCCGCGGCUACCAUGUUCCAAGUGCCAAACGUAAUCGAUGCCUGCUGUGCCUUUCUGGAGCGCCAAUUGGACCCCACGAAUGCCAUUGGCAUCGCCCACUUUGCUGAGCAACACGGCUGCGUUGAGCUGCAAAAGAAGGCCAAUGUGUUCAUCGAGCGUAAUUUCACUCAGGUGUGCCAAGAGGAGGAGUUCCUUCAGCUUUCGGCAUAUCAGGUGAUAGCCCUGAUACGAAGGGAUGAACUGAAUGUGCAGGAGGAGCGGGAGGUUUACAACGCUGUGCUGAAGUGGGUGAAAUACGACGAGGACAACCGGCACUGUAAAAUGGAGCACAUUUUGGGCGCUGUCCGUUGUCAGUUCCUCACGCCUAACUUCCUCAAAGAGCAGAUGAAAAACUGCGAUGUUUUGCGGAAGGUGCCCGCCUGUCGGGAGUAUUUGGCCAAGAUAUUCAAGGACUUAACGCUGCACAUCCGUCACUCAUUGGACAUUCUGGAGGCCUACAAUGUAGACGACAAGACGUGGACGACACUUCCGAACCUUCGCAUUCCAAGAUCUGGUUUGGGUGCCGCCUUUCUCAAGGGCAAGUUCUAUGCGGUUGGAGGCAGAAAUAACAACAUUGGAUCUUCCUACGACUCAGAUUGGGUUGAUCGCUAUAGUGCAGUCACCGAAACCUGGCGCCCCUGCGCUCCCAUGUCUGUACCACGUCAUCGAGUGGGCGUGGCCGUAAUGGACGAGCUGAUGUACGCCGUGGGCGGAUCCGCGGGCAUGGAGUACCACAACACGGUGGAAUACUAUGACCCGGAUUUGGAUCGCUGGACUCUUGUACAGCCGAUGCAUUCCAAGCGUUUGGGAGUGGGUGUUGUGGUGGUCAACCGUCUGCUUUAUGCCAUAGGAGGUUUCGAUGGAAACGAGCGCUUGGGCAGCGUGGAAUGCUACCAUCCGGAGAACAACGAGUGGAGCUUUCUGCCACCACUACAAACGGGUCGCAGUGGAGCGGGUGUUGCUGCAAUUAACCAGUACAUCUACGUUGUUGGUGGUUUCGAUGGCACUCGUCAACUAGCCACCGUGGAGCGUUAUGAUACCGAAAACGAAACCUGGGACAUGGUGGCGCCAAUUCAAAUCGCACGUAGUGCACUCUCUCUGACACCGCUGGACGGAAAACUGUACGCCAUUGGUGGAUUCGAUGGCAACAACUUCCUGUCCAUAGUCGAGGUCUACGAUCCACGAACGAAUAGCUGGACUAAAGGAACACCACUGAAAUCGGGUAGAUCGGGCCACGCGUCGGCCGUUAUUUAUCAGCCAGCGUGUUCCACCACAUUUAUGGACUACGAGGAUAGCGACGCACCACAGACCGAUGGAAGUAACAACGAGGGCAGGGACGGACAUACCCCACACAACUCGUACGGUAGUGGGAGUCCACAUUAUCCUGGAACAGCGUCCAAUAUGCAGUUUCAUAGUUCAUUUGGAUCGAGCGGCUGCAACAAUUGUGACUCGGAAACGGAUAUAAAACCAGAUAUUACUACAGAACAACAUAGUUUUCAAAUUCCCGCCAUCAAAUCAGAGGAGGAGCUGUUCAAUCCAAGCUGUCCUUGGUCUACAAUGCAAGAAAGAUUUCGAAGAACUCCACCAGAGUCCUUCUCACAGAAUGAGCAAACCGUAGAUAGUGUGCGUCAUAAACUUUUUAAAACCAAAAAAUGUUUUUUAAGCACAGCAGCGAAAGUUUUUCACAGUCACAUCGAAGAUCGCCUGCGAAAACUCACGAGUGCAGCCACAUGACAAUACGAAUCCGAGCCUCACGCUUAGCCUCAACCAAAAACAUUAUUCAUUGUACAAAGCCUGAUCGUUUCCCCUAGAAUUCCAUGUUGAGAAGCAGCAUUCCAUUGUAAUAUUACUAGUGUGUUCGCUAGGUGAUAAUUCGUCAAACCGUUUUUAUGGCAUCCAUAACAUAACUGGCGCUCGUCAGACAAUUUUAAAAAGAUUGAUUAGGGUUAAUAGUUGAUUAGUGGGAGGAAAGUUUCGUAUUUUAUGUAUUUUGUAGGUAACCAAACUGAUAGAUUGCGUAUUGUACUUUUUUAACGUAGGAUAAUAAAAGGAAUUAUGUGCAUCCAAGAUAGUUUUUAAGAAAAAAACAA